AUGUCGGAACAAAUAAUGGCGUCGCCUUGGGUGUUGCAGACGGAGUCGGUGGCUGGUCUCAGGCUUUUCCGAAUUUCCAAUGGUUUAAUUUCUCGGAACAAACAACAACAGAUGGGGGUUGAUCCUGCUUAUUUCUCCUGGGCGUUAAUGGAUAAUGCCGCAAAAAUUGCAAAAGAAUUUAGCGCAUCAAAGCUUGCCCUGUUCAAUGCUCCCGGUGGACACGCAGACAUUCUGGAUGCGAAACAAGUGUUGGGCGGAGCGUUUGAUAAUUUGAUAAAAAGUGGAAAGGUCAAAGCAGGAAGUUCGACGGCGUGCAUUCUGUCGCUGUCAAAAGUGUCUGGAAUCCUUAAUGCGGCUUCUUUGGGUGACUCAGCAUACCUUCUUAUUCGUAACGGUCAACUCUUAUACGAAUCACCUUCUCAACAACACUUUUUCAAUUGUCCAUAUCAAUUGACCAUCGUUCCCGACCAUUAUCCGAAUCAAAAGCUCUAUUUCAAAGAUAAGCCUAGCGAUGCAUAUCAGGCAAGUCAUCAGCUUCAGGACGGAGACGUCAUCUUGUUGGCAACUGACGGCUUUUUCGAUAAUGUGUUUGCCGAAGAAGCCGUCACCAUAGUGAACAAAGAGCUUCAAGAUGUUACGAGUCGUGACUACGAAGAACUUAGGUUACAUGUGAGGAGACUUUCAAGAAGAUUGACGGACACCGCGAGAAAGUAUUCACUGGAUCCCAGGAGAGUCAGUCCUUUCUCGCAGAGUGCAAGGAAGAGCGGUGAAAGUCGCACUGGCGGAUGCGACGCGGAUCCUUCUGCCUUGGCCGAUUACGUUGUUGCACUUUUACAGCAGGACAAAUCAAACCAAGAUUUAAGGCAAUUAUGUAUAGAUCAACUCGACGACUUUCUUAAGGAAGAAACAGAACCGUUUGUUGAGAGAUUGUUUGAGUCUUUGGUUACCAAGGAAUACCUAGGUGAGACUGGUGUGAUACCGGGAAUUCAAACUAAGCAGGAACAAUCUCCAACUCUGAAUGCACUUCCGGUGCCCAUAGACAAUAAUAAUUCGGUUGUAUCCCAAGAUCACCCUGCUGAAAAAAACGAAAAUCAGAUCUCCAAGAUAGGUGUCAGAAAGAGAGAGGAGAGCGAAGGAUCCGAUGAUGACGAAGAUCGUAAUUAUAAACACCGGGAGAGGAGUAGCGAUAAUAAUCGAGAUGACUACCGGCGUUAUGGCGAUCGUUCCGCCUUAACAAAUCGAGAAGACGAAAGAGACUCAAAAAAUAAGAGAUUUCGCAGCGAAGGAAUUCCCACGGGACCUGCUGCUGGAGCAUCUCAGUAUAGCAGCAAUUAUUCGGAUGAUCGAGCUUUCAAGCGACGGCGUGAUGAAAAUGAUGAGGAUUUUCGUUCCAAUAAAAUGCCCCGCAACAAUCUUCUGGGAUCUGGGCAAAAUUUGCCUGGAACUGGCAAUGGAUACGUUGCUGGAAAUGGUAUGGAUGCGGGAGAAAAAGGCUAUUGCAUGCGAGGUGACCUUUGCCCUUUCGAUCAUGGUGUGGACAGGAUUGUUGUUGACGACGUGCCUUUAAAUCGCCCGUUUGACUCCAUAAUUCCCAUGACCGCUACGCCUCUUGCUGGGCCGGUGGGAAUGAUGGGUGGAGGUGUCUCUUCCAGGCCACCUUUUUUCAUGGGUAAUGCUGGAAUGCGCAAUCAAUAUGAUCUAGAUCCGGGUUUCUCUCAACCUCCUAGGGCCAUGACUCCAACGGCAGACGCUUAUGAUCCUGAAAGGGCUACACUAUCUAGACCCGACGAAUUACUUUCGCCAACUUUGAUAGAACAGAAAGAAGGGGAGAUUCAAGGGGCGUCGGAGGUGACCGCCGCGGAGGCAACUAAUACUCCGCUAGCGCCAUCACCAACCAUUCCUCAUUUUCUCGACUCAGGGAUUGCUCAACCUGCUCGCGGAACAUCAUUUAGGGGGCGCGGUCGUGCUCGUGGUGGUCGGGCCGGGUUUAAUGUCAAUAGUAGAUUCGGUGGUAGCACAAAACAAAAUGCGACUUUGGUCGUCGAAAAUAUACCGAACGAAGUUUGCAAUUUAGACAAGGUCAACGAGUUCUUUAAAAAAUUUGGUACAAUCGUCAACAUUAAUGUCGACAUUCAUCAUCACAAAGCCAUCAUUCAGUUCAACAACCAGUCUGAUGCGUACAAAGCGUAUAACUCUCCCGAACCGAUUUUCGACAAUCGGUUUGUCAAAGUGUAUUGGCACAAAGAGAAGGAAGAUCAUCAGGUUUCCAAUCCGCCGGUGACAAAACCAACGACCGCUCUUCCUAAACCAGAGACUCAAAUUGCGGAAAAUCCCGUGCAACCCUCCCCAGAAAAGAUUAAAGAGGCGGAGGAAAAAGCAAAAAAACAAAAGGAAGGCCUAAAAGCAAUGCUUGAAAUUCAAAAGCAAAGGGAGCAGUUAAUCAACCGUCAAAUUGAAGAACAGAAGAAAUUGAUGGAACUUGCUAGGAAGAAAAAUGUGAAUACCAAGAAUCGUGAGGAGGUUCUCAAAGUUCUUAGCAAAGUUGGCGAAGACAUAAAGAACGACACUAAUGUGAUCACCCGCAAGCCUAUUUUGACCGGAGGGAUUAGCACAAAAAAUUUGCUGGAGGAGAAAGAACGAGAACAGUUGGAUCGGGAGCUUGACAUGCUGAGCAAGAUUAACGAAACAAGUACCGCGAACGAAUCAGUCAUCUCGUCAGCGGCGGCUCAAACCGCUAAUUCAGAAUCGGGAAAUUCUGAGCACUGUUGCAUUGUGUUCAUCUGCAGCAAACUACCGGUCCAAGUACCGUCGGCGAGACUGCCUCGUACCGUGGCCGAGGUCGUGCUGUUUACUAUCGCGGCAGGCCUCGCUCCGUUUGGCCCAGAGUCCGCGGCGUUGAAGGAUGUUCCAGCGGGUUCCGGUGACGCUCUCCGCAGCUAUUUUCAGCAAUUCGGCGAGGUCGAGUCAGUCACAAUCGCAGACGAAACGAAGUCGGCGAUUGUUCAUUUCAAAAAUAGAUACGACGCCGAACAGGGGUCAAAUGUUCCAAACGUUGGCACGGUACAAAUGACAUGGCACACGGAGACGAGUUCGAAUGCUCGCUCUUCAGAAGAGGUCUCUAGCUCGAUUACAAAUCCAGCGGAUGAUUCAACCACCGAAAAUGUUGUAAAAGAGUCGCAUGUGACGGUUACACCUAAUUUCAAAGCGGAUGACGAUGAGGAUGACGAACGAGAACGAAGGAGGGCUAGUGUCAGUCAAGCAUACAAGCUCCCCUUGGGGCAGGAACGAUCCGGUUUAAGACCAGGUGGAAAGAAAGCAGAUGCAAGCUAUUACAAUUUAAACAAUAGUUCAACUUCAAGCAUUGGAAGAAAGAAGAAGAACUUUGGUGAAAUUAUAGAAAUCGGGAAGCCAACCGAAUUUGAACACGGGAUUCACGUGGAAUAUAACACCGAGAGUGGAAAGUUUUUGGGUCUGCCAGACGUUUGGGUGAACGCCCUGCCUAGUGAUGAAAUCCUCAAUACAAAAUAUUUGAAUCCCAAUCUAGUGCCUAGCCCUGGAUCAUUUGACAUUCACAAGUCGUCCGAGCUGUCAGAUGAGGGCAUCGGUCAACCGUACAAUUUUAAGCAUGAAGUUCAUGUUGCCGUGAACGACAAUGGACUUGAGGGUCUUCCCUCAGAAUGGAAAAAGAUACUAUCAUCAAUCGACACAGCCGAAGAUGUAAGCAAAAAGAAAACAAAUCGAAAAUCGCGGCAGAACCAACUAAAUAAUCAUCGACCGACAUCAUUAUACCCCAGUAAUUCGCGGCAAAAUGGUCAAAUCGAUUCAGUUCUAAGCAAUGUGCCUACACGGAAAUCUUCAAAGAAUUUCUCGAAUGGUGGACCCCGAAAAGCUCAGAAUAGAAAUGAUAAAUCUCAUAAGGAUAAUCUCGAUUCUCCAUCAUCAUUAUCAAAAGAUCCCGGGAUCUCAUCUUCAAAUAAAGAUAAUGGUAUGUCACUGUUAAAAAGAUUGGUUACACCCCCUAAAGGAUCGAUAACCUCGUUUCCAAAUGAACGUCCCACGAGUCCUACGCCACCUUUACAUGAGAGAGCAACCUCACCCAUACCUCGAGAAUCGGUCAAUUCAGAUUUACGUGGAAGGGCCGCCUCACCUACACCCAGUAAUCCGAUUAGUUCACCAACAAUACGAGAACCUACUUCACCUUCACGCGAAAAAACAACUUCUCCUGUACCUCCACCACGAGACUAUUCCCGAGUUCCCAAAGUAUCCACUACCACAAAUCAAAUAAGACCAACAUCUCCUCUAUCCGGUAGGAGUAACAAUGACCAAAUCUGCAGUCAAAUAGUAGAACCAUUUCCAGAUAUUUCGGAACGGACAUUCCCUAAUCAUAAGCAUCAGAACACGCCAAUACAAUGUUCAGGAAGGAAAAACUCCGACACGGCACUGUUAGUACCCCGAGAAUCUGCAGAAUCUAAGCAUAACAAAGCAUCCAGCAUUAGCGAGAUGCCAAUGCGCCAAGCCAGCGAUUCUCCUUCAGCAUCCUUAAAAAAUGAUGAAAACGCAUCCCAGAUAAUCCGGGAUGAUCGUGCUUCAUCAUCCUUACACGGAAAAUCAUACGACGGAAUACUUACACAGGAUAAUUCGCGUACUUCUGCCAAUUGGAAUGUUGGAACUUUAACGGAACAUAAGACCCCCAAUUCUAAGCAGCAGUCAUUUUAUAAUCGCGCAAUUUCUGGAAACGGCGUAAUAGGAGGAAACGCAACUGAUCAUCACAUUUCCCUGCCUAUUUUAUUACCUUCUAUGGACAAUUCAUUACCAAAAACUAAAUCAUCACGGUUUUCUGAAGGAUCACAAUUUCUUAAUCAAAUCUCCUCAGUACCUAAUCCCUCCAGCCAACCAAACAAACAACAGAAACAGAUUGAUCUGUCACAUGUUGCAAAUACCGUUGUGGAUCCUGAUUCUUUGCCAUCAGAAAUUUGUCACUUAGCCGACCUUAUUGAUCCACGUGACCCAACCCACAUUUACGAUAAUUUGAUUCAAAUAGCAGAGGGGGAAUCGGGUAACAUGUACUCUGCAAUUCAAAAAAGUUCCCAAGAAACGGUGGCAAUUAAGAUAAUUCCCUUUACAAGUGUCGAAAAACUAAAAUCUAUAAAAAAUGAAUUGGAUCUGAUGAAAUCAAGUCAACAUCCUAACAUCGUCAUUAUGGAGUGUAUGGAAGUAUCUCUUGCUGAUAUUAUAGGAAUGCACGAGGAUGGACCUCGAUUAAACGAAUUCCAAAUUGCGCGCGUUGCUAGAGAAUCCCUGAAAGCUCUCGUGUAUUUGCAUGGAUUGCAAAUAAUACACAGAGAUGUUCGUAGCGAUAACAUUUUGCUAAAUGCUCAGGGUGAUAUCAAGCUUGCCGACUUUGGUUAUUCAGUGCAACUGACUGAAAAAGAAUCCCGCCGAAAAUCCAUAAUAGGAACUCCAUAUUGGAUGGCACCAGAAGUCAUAAAAAGUUUACCUUAUGAUACCAAGGUGGACGUUUGGAGUCUUGGAGUACUAUUGAUGGAAAUGGCAGAGGGUAAUCCUCCAUAUAUGGAUGAAGAACCCUUGGAGGCUAUAAAGAAAAUUGCCAACAAUGGCGUUCCAGGUUUGAAAGACUCUGAACAAUGGUCGGAUACGUUUAAAGAUUUCCUCGCGCUUUGUACAGAGAUCGAUUCCAGCAAACGGAAAACGGCAGCUGAGAUGAUAGAGCAUCCGUUUGUAGAACAUGUAUCAGUACCAAAAGACUUCCAACAGAUGCUAGAUGAAUUUCGCCGUCAAGAAAUGGAUGAAGGUGUUGAAGAUGAUUCGAUUGAAUAUCAGAGUAUGCAGGUUGAUCAUCAGGCCAACAAAAUAGAAAACUUUUCCAUCAUUGAUGAUGAUGCAUUUUUUUACAUCAAUAGUAUUACAAAUAAUUGGCAAAACACUGAUAUUUAA